CUUGGGGGAGCGAUGCACCGUGACACGCUCUCGCUGCUGCUGAGCUGGGUGGCCGUCUCUCUGUCCACCACGGCGCUGCUCACCUCCUACUGGUGCGUGGGCACACACAAGGUGCUGAAGCCCACCUGCUCGUCCAGCCGCACAACCGACUGUACCCUGGCCCCCGGGACCGACUCCAGCAGCAGCAGCAGCACCAGCACCCGCAACAGCACCGGCAACGGCUCCAACACCCACACGUACUCAGAAUACAGCUGGGAGAUGGGUGACGACAGGUUCGCCUUCAGAGCGUUCCACACCGGCUUGUGGACCUCCUGCGAGGAGAACUUCAUCGGCACAGGAGAGCAUUGCCGCAGUUUCAUUGACCUGACCCCCGUCACACAACAAGGGAUCCUGUGGCUCACGCUGGUCUCUGAGGUUCUCUACAUCUCUCUGCUCUCCUUCAGUUUUGUGCUGAUGUUGCUGGAACUCUGCCUCCCCCGUAACUCCAGCUGUGCCCUCAAGCUCAACGCCUUCGCGGCUGUCUUCUCCGUGUUGUCAGGUUUGCUGGGCAUGGUGGCCCACAUGAUGUACACGCAGGUGUUCCAGGUGAUGGUCAGUCAGGGCCCCAAAGACUGGAGACCCCAUCACUGGGACUUCGGCUGGUCCUUCUACUUGGCCUGGCUCUCCUUCACUUUCUGCAUGGCCUCCUCGGUCACCGCCCUCAACAUCUACACCAAGACGGUACUGCAGGCGCAGAAGCAUUGCCUGGGCCCCGCUCUGGGCCCUGUCCUGGGCCCCACUCUGGGCCCCGGCCCACUGCACUGCUCCCCCGGCCCCUUCCCCAGCCGCUUCCUCCAGCGGGCCUCCAGCAGCGGCGACAUCUUCACCAACCUCUCCCCCACCCGCCUCACCAAAGCCCACUCCGCAGAGUCCCUGGGUGACGAGCACUGCUAGCCCAGCGCGGGCAGAACGGCCUCUCCUUGUUCCUUCGAUGGGGUGGCGCAGCGGUAGAGUUGCUGCCUCUUAGCGCCAGAGACCCAGGUUCAAUCCUGACCACGGGUGCUGUCU